UUCAACCACUUGACUCCUCAACCGGCCACCUCCUUUUGCAGGAAACUGAGCCAUCAGGAAUAGCUGCUCCGGUGUCCCAGCCUGACCAAUUUUGGUGAAUUUAUGUGAAAUUUUGUCAUCUUUAGAGGCACACGCCUCUGUUUGCCAAAACUAUGGACUUUUUUGAGCUCUGGGUGGUCAGAAUGGGUAUGAAGGGGGAAAGCCUUGGCAAAGCACAUUCUGAAGCUCCCUUCUGGAAUGGAUUACCAAAUUAAGCUUUUGGACUAAAUAUUUGCAUUUGCCAAAUCUUUUAGAAAACAAUUCUAACAACAGGACAGUGAAAACAGUGAUCUGUGGACUGAAUAUUUGGCACACAUCUCAAAGAAGAAAACAUGGCUUUGCUGCUAGUAAAAUUUGACUUGGCCAAGCGAGUCAAGCUUGCCCAGGGACUGUGGCUCCUGUACUGGCUCUCAGUCAUGGGUGGGAUCCUCAUCUUUAGCAUGGGGCUUUUCUUCAAAAUCGAGCUCCGCAAAAGGAGUGAAAUGAUGGACAACAAUGAGAGCCAUUUUGUGCCCAACCUGCUCAUUCUGGUUGGCCUAGCUGCUUGUGGUAUCAAUGCCUUUGGUGGCAAGGUGUGCCAUGACUCACUUGACACAGCCAAGUUUGCAAGGUGGAAGCCCAUGGUGAAGAACUACCUGUGUGGAUGCUUCGCCUUCUGCAUUAUCCUCUUCAUCACGGCUCUGUUGUGCUUCCUGGUUCAGGUUUCUCUACAUUUCGCGCUGGCCGAGGGUCUCAAAAAUGGCAUGAAGUACUACAAGGACACGGACACGCCAGGACGAUGCUUCAUGAAGAGGACCCUCGACAUGACCCAGAUCGAGUUCCGCUGCUGUGGCAACAAUAACUUUAGAGACUGGUUUGAGAUCCAGUGGAUUAGCAACCGCUACCUUGAUUUCAGCAAUGAUGAAGUGAAAGAUCGUGUCACAAGUAAUGUGGACGGUAAAUAUCUGAUGGACAGCGUCCCCUUCAGCUGCUGCAACCCUGGCUCCCCUCGACCCUGCAUUCAGCACCACCUGACCAAUAACUCUGCUCAUUAUGACUACGAUCACCACACAGAGGAACUAAAUAUCUGGACAAGAGGCUGCCGUGAGGCCCUGGUGUCCUACUAUGGAGGGAUGAUGAACAGCAUUGGAGCUCUUGUGCUGCUAGUCAUGGUGUUGGAGGCUGCAGAUAUGGUGGGACUGAAGUACCUGACAACCUCUUUGGAGACCCUGACAAACCCAGAUAAUCCAGAGAGUGAGAGUGAAGCUUGGCUGCUAGAAAAGAGUGUGAAGGAGACCAUGUCUGGUAUCAUGGAGAAGAUAAAGACCUUUGGCAAAGGCAACCAGGUGGAGGGGGAGGGGGGAGAGGCCGCAGCCAGCUGAGAGGGUCACACCCUUAACUGGGACUGAGGCCACUCCUACCAAAGGGAGAGGAAAAGCAUAAUUGAGAGGGGGAAAAAAAAAAAAAAAAAAGUUAUUCUCUCUGUGGAAAACAUGCACAAAUUCAUACAAUCUCCCACAAAUACAUGCACAUACUGUACUAAUACAUUGUACACCUACAAAAGUGAACAAAAAUGAUAGAACCCUUAAAUGGGUUGAGCUUUAAUUGACAAAUUUGUAAAAGUGCAUGUCCAUAUUUGUAAAUAUAAGUGAUAUAUAAAUUAAAACAAGAGUUUAUUUUUAAAGCGAUAUAACAAUUGGUGUCUUGAAAAAUACUGUGUGAAUUUAGAAAAAGUUUUUGAACAGUCCUACCUCCUGCCCCUAACCGAGUUUCAAAGCAACCAGGCUUCAUAGUCCAGUGAGGUCCCUCACAUAGUGAGCGAAACUGGCCUGCUUUACAUUUGUGGUUGAGCGGAUGUUUAACCCGACAGUGUCACACACGUUUAAAUCCAGUGAACAGUCAAUGACAAUUUACCCUAAAACCACAAUUGUCCCAGCUAUUAAUUUGGAACAGUCUAUUUUCAAUUAAAGGAUGAAUGCACAAUGAAGACACUUCUAUGGCAGCUUUCAAAUGGCAGCUGAGAAAAAGAGGACAUGACUGGUGUCCAGGCUCCUCACAAACCCUACUGUGAUGGAGCCACACUCUGCUGUUCACCCAAUGCUAACUCAUCGUGCAUUAUCAUUGGCCAGGCCUAUGAUGAACUGAAGAGAACAGAGCAGAACUUUGCUGUUAAGUGAUGUGCAGGCUGCAUUAGACCAAACGCAGUAUGGUCGAGUUCCACCCCUGUGUGAUCCUCUCGGGUUAAAUAUCUGCGUCAGGUACAGACGAGGCGAUAAAGCUCCUCUUAACAGUCUCUGAGGCCUGUGGACAGAGUUUCUGUAUGAGCGAAGUGGGAAGCAUUUUUGUGCAGAAUUUUGACAGUUGACAAAAGUAAGAAGUUGUGAAGCGUACCAGCCUGUUUAAGGAGUUAGUUUUUGGACAGUUAUUAUUUUUUUAACUUAAAUGUCAGACAAUCUUACCAGUGGUGUUAAUGUUCUUAUUUGUGUGACUUACCUUUGUGAUUUUGCCAGGAACCUCUUUCUGUACACUUGAACUUUUGACAUUACAGUAUUGCUGUUGUAGUUUGGGAUGAACAUGUAGACACUUCAGUGUGUAAGAUAAAGAUGUUUAAAUAGA